AAUAUUAGCAACAACCAUCAGGUUAUAUUUCCUCAUUCCUCAAGACUGUUUACCUAGUGCUUCGACUUGCUAGUUACCUGUCAGCUGUAGAUAUUUGGCAUCGAUCAUCACCGCCUUUUCAGUUCAAGUUAGCUAGCUAGACAUGGCUAGGGUGGUGGAGCCUCUCAUCGUCGGAAAGGUGAUCGGGGAGGUCAUCGACAACUUCACCCCCACUGAGAAGAUGACAGUAACCUACAGCUCCAACAAGCAGGUGUUCAAUGGCCACGAAUUCUUCCCGUCCGCAGUCGUCUCCAAGCCACGCAUUGAGGUCCAGGGUGGCGACAUGAGAUCCUUCUUCACACUGGUCAUGACGGACCCAGAUGUGCCAGGGCCUAGCGACCCAUACCUGAGGGAGCAUCUCCACUGGAUCGUCAAUAAUAUUCCAGGCACCACUGAUGCUUCUUUUGGAAAGGAGGUGGUGAGCUACGAGAACCCCAAGCCCAACAUCGGCAUUCACAGGUUCACAUUCGUGCUGUUCAAGCAGAAGCAGCGGCAGACAAUGAGCCCUCCCUCCAGCAGGGACUACUUCAACACUCGCCGCUUCGCUGCCGCGAACGAUCUUGGCCUCCCAGUCGCUGCCGUCUACUUCAACGCGCAGCGGGAGACAGCUGCGCGCCGCCGCUGAUGGAAACAAUCAGCGAAAUCCUUAUUCUCGCCCAUGCAUGGCGCAUGCAUGCAAACCUAUGGAUCAACCAAUAGCUCUACUACUAGCUACCCUUUAUGUCUUCAUUCAAAUAAGAGUUUGCUUGUGAGCGUCUUGGCUCUACUGUUUCUUGGUAGUCUGUCUACGGUUCAGUUCUUCAGCCAAUUUAGUUACUAGUCAAUCUGUGAACUAGUGUACGUCGCAGAGUACAUCUGCUACUAGUGUGCAUUUAGCUCAGCUCCUAUUUUUGGAGACGAUCCAAGAUACGGUGUGAUGGCAAAAUAGUUGGUACUAGUGUUGACUGGGACCCAGGGAGCAGAUUGAUAGCUGAAGACCGUCGACGUGUCUGGUGGUGAAAGGAGGAGAAGGCACUGGCACUGGCCAUGGCCCUAGCCCCUAGUACUCCAGGACAGUCUCCCAGUAACCUACUAUUUUGUCAUGUCUGUGCAUGCAUGUGUGGCUGCUAGCUCACUGCAGCUUAUAGCUUGCAGUGUACUACUUUGUACCUGAUCCUUUGUAAGUUGUGAGCAUUAUCUGGCCAUCCUCUUCGAGCUUUACUGUAUGACAAGACAAAUGCAUUGAUA